UGAAGUGAGUGGUAGUUCAAUAUUCUUCAAACUGACACUUAAAAAAAUGAUCAAACGAAGGCCAUUAGCGUAAUUGUGAACCACCGCACCAACCAACUCAGUUCUGUUACACACUGAAACCUUCCACCGUCCGCGGCCAUGGCUGCGCUGUCCUCCGCCAUUGCUUCCGCCGCCAAACCCUUCUCGUUGCCCCAAACGCGCCGAGCUAGAGUGGCGGCGGUCCACUUUCCCAAACCUUACUUCAAGAAAACGGAAUUCAACUUCGUCGAAGUUUCACACUCACUCCGUUCCCUUCCCCGUCUUCGUGUUUCCUCCAACGACGCUCACUUCAGCUCGAGCUCCGAGGAGAGCCAACAGCCACAGCCGAGUUUCGCAGAGUUCAUCACUUCAGAGAGAGUCAAAGUGGUGUCCAUGCUGGCCCUCGCCCUCGCCCUCUGCAACGCCGAUCGCGUCGUCAUGUCCGUGGCCAUCGUGCCAUUGUCCCUUGCCAACGGGUGGAGCCGCGCCUUCGCCGGAAUCGUCCAGUCGUCUUUUCUGUGGGGGUAUCUUGCUUCUCCUAUAGUUGGAGGGAUGUUGGUGGAUAACUACGGUGGCAAAGUGGUAAUGGCUUGGGGAGUGGCGUUGUGGUCACUUGCUACUUUUCUUACGCCUUGGGCUGCUCAGACAUCUCUCUUGGCUCUCCUAGUCGUUCGUGCUAUGCUUGGCGCUGCUGAAGGAGUCGCUCUUCCUUCCAUGAAUAACAUGGUUGCACGAUGGUUUCCACAAACAGAACGAUCAAGGGCUGUCGGAAUCUCAAUGGCUGGGUUUCAGCUUGGAUGUGCAAUAGGGCUCACACUUUCUCCCAUUCUCAUGUCGCAAGGUGGUAUAUUUGGUCCCUUUGUAAUUUUUGGACUGUCGGGGUUUCUUUGGGUGUUGGUGUGGUUGUCAGCAACGUCUAGCACUCCUGACCGGAGUCCUCAAAUAUCAAAAUAUGAGCUGGAGUAUAUAUUGAAUAGAAGGCAGACGUCUUUUCCAGUGGAGACAUCUAAGUCUAAAAAAGUUAAAGUGGUCCCUCCUUUCAGGCGCUUGCUUUCAAAGCUGCCAACAUGGUCUCUGAUCAUUGCAAAUGCCAUGCACAGUUGGGGUUUUUUUAUUGUUCUUUCCUGGAUGCCCAUAUACUUCAGCUCAGUAUACCGUGUGGAUCUCAGGCAUGCGGCAUGGUUUAGUGCAGUUCCAUGGGCUGUGAUGGCUAUCAUGAAUUACCUAGCUGGUUUGUGGUCGGAUAUGAUGAUACAAAGUGGUACGAGUGUCACUUUGACUCGGAAGAUUAUGCAGACCAUUGGUUUUGUUGGUCCUGGACUCUGCCUCAUUGGCUUGGCGACAGCAAAAAGCCCCUCAGUUGGUUCUGCUUGGCUUACUUUAGCUUUUGGCCUGAAAUCUUUCAGUCACUCUGGCUUUCUUGUGAACCUUCAGGAGAUUGCACCACAGUACUCUGGUGUUUUGCAUGGAAUAUCAAAUACUGCUGGAACAUUUGCUGCUAUAAUAGGAACAGUUGGAGCUGGGUUUUUUGUUGAGCUAGUCGGUUCCUUCCAAGGAUUUCUGUUGCUUACAUCGGUCCUUUAUUUUCUUGCUGCUAUUUUCUACUGCCUAUUCUCUACUGGAGAAAGAGUAAAUUUUGACGAUCCUGCAGUUGCCUAAGAGUGCUGGAAGUUACUGUAUCUUGUACAGUUCAAUUUCUUGUAUGCCAAAGGAGUCACGCCAAAGGAGAUAACCGAAGAAUGACAGAGAUGGUUAUAUGUGCUGACUAUCAAACUUGUGAGGUGUAAAAUAGAUACUUACCAUUUACAUAGUCUAAAAUGAUUCAUGUAUAGUUUGUGUUCCGAGAAUGAAUUUAGAAAAAGAGAAGAAAAAAAACAAAGUAAUAAGGUUUAUUUUCUGAUUUUGCUCAUCA